AUGGAAACAGCAUGGCCGGAUGAAGCCAUUAAUGUUAUCAGCUAUAGUUUUCUAGUGUUAGUCGUACACGGUUUUAUAAUUGUAUUUGGCGGCUGGGUACCGAGUGCAUUUAUAACUGUUGCACAUCAGCGUGAGAAUGUUACGUAUUCUUUAUUUGGCCAUAAAUGUUUACCUGAAGCACCAUCAUCUAUUUUAUGUAACUCUGUUUAUUCCAUAACGGGCUUUUAUUUCCUAAUCUCAUUUAUCGGUGCUUUUAUUUGGUGUUUUUGGACGCAAUCAUUACGUUUCCGUUAUAAAUUUACCGUUUGUCAGCGUAAAAAAUCAAAAGUAUACGCUCAUUUAACUAUUAUUUUAUUGGCACUCAAUUGUUUUAUUAUAGAAUCAUCUUUAUUUGUCCUAAAAACAUUUGAUGUUUCUUCAAUACCCUAUAUUUUUAUAACGAUAACAAAAUAUUUACAUAUUUUGUCAAUUAUAAUUAUUAUAUGUUGGCUUCGAGGUUUAACGAAACAGCGUGAUCAUCAACGUUUAGACUUAGAAAUGCCAUCUCCGAACUUUAAAUAA